AUGUUUACCCGCACGUCAAUUCUUGUGACCCGCGCUACAUCCUCCGCAUCCGCUGUUGCUGUACGAAAUGCUAGCACGAUUCAGUCCAUUCACGCACGCGAGAUAAUCGACAGUCGCGGCAAUCCAACGGUUGAAGUGGAUUUAACACUGUCUGGUAGUGCUGAGAUCUUCCGCGCUUCCGUCCCCUCGGGUGCUUCGACUGGUAUUCAUGAGGCUGUGGAACUCCGUGAUGGUGGCAAGCGCUAUGCUGGCAAGGGUGUGCAGAAAGCUGUGCAAAAUGUCAAGAGCGUCCUGGCUCCUAAGCUUACUGGCGCAGACCCAACAAAACAACGUGACAUCGACAAUCUCAUGCGUGAGAUUGAUGGCACGGAUAAUAAAGGAAAAUUGGGUGCAAACGCCAUUUUGGGUGUAUCACUUGCUGUAGCUAAGGCUGGUGCUGCUGCCAAAGGUGUUCCGCUUUAUCAACACUUUGCUGAUCUCAUAGGCAACAAAAAUUUAGUCUUACCUGUGCCGAGUUUUAAUGUUAUUAACGGUGGCUCCCAUGCUGGUAACAAGCUCGCAUUUCAAGAGUUUAUGUUACUACCUACUGGUGCUGAGAGUUUCUCUGAGGCUAUGAUCAUGGGCUGUGAGGUAUACCACGAACUUAAAAGCGUUAUUAAGAAGAAAUAUGGCCAAGAUGCCACCAAUGUUGGCGAUGAAGGUGGAUUCGCCCCUAAUAUCCAAAGCAAUCGCGAAGGUGUGGAGCUCUUAAUGACUGCUAUUAAUCGCGCUGGUUAUGACGGAAAGAUCGGCAUCGGCAUGGAUGUCGCGUCAUCCGAGUUCUUAAUGAAAGAUGGUCAUUAUGACUUGAAUUUCAAAACUGAGGGAUCAAAUGACCUACUUACUGGUGAGGAAUUGGGUCAGCUGUAUAAGGAUUUAGCAAAAGAAUUCCCUAUUAUCAGCAUUGAAGACCCAUUUGAUCAAGACGACUGGACGCAUUAUACGUCCUUCACCUCUGCCAUUGGCGAUAAAGUGCAGGUGGUAGGAGAUGACCUGUUGUGCACCAACCCAAAGCGCAUUGCAACGGCUCUUGACAAAAAAGCAUGCAAUGCUUUGCUACUUAAAGUCAACCAGAUUGGUAGUGUGACUGAAAGCGUGGAUGCUGUUGCUCUUGCCCAGAAAAAUGGAUGGGGUGUUAUGACGUCGCACCGUAGUGGAGAGACAGAAGACUCGUACAUUGCCGACUUAGCAGUAGGUCUUGCUACUGGCCAAAUCAAAACGGGAGCACCAUGUCGCUCUGAGCGUCUGGCGAAAUACAACCAGCUGCUGCGUAUUGAGGAAUCUCUCGGUAGAGACGCUAAGUACGCCGGCAAACACUUUCGCAACCCAUCCAAGAUGUAA